CUGACCAAAACUAAAAAAAAGCAAUGUUCAGUGCACGGACGUCGUUUCGACUUUAUAUUCCGUCAUGCAAUAAAUUUUGUCAUUCAUGAAUUCUUUUGUAAAAACGAGAUAAAGGUGGUGUUACCGUUGUGAAUGUUGGUUUAUAAAAAUGUUGUUUUAGUAUUCGUUUUUGAGUAUUUCACAAAGAAGGUCUUGCUAGGUCUGUGACGGGUACGGUAAUGGUGGCCAUGUCAUGAAAAUCCCCACAGCCAUGGAUGAUAGCUCCGUUUCUCAUCAUAACGGAGGGCAAGUGGGAUCUGAAUUAGGCGUUAAUGUAAAUAACAAACAGAAUGAGGAAUCUAGUCAAAGUGUUCAGUAUUCAAUACCGGGCAUUUUGCAUUUUAUUCAACACGAAUGGGCGAGAUUUGAACUCGAGAGAUCACAAUGGGAGGUGGAUAGAGCCGAAUUUGAGGCAAGGAUAGCCUUUCUCCAGGGUGAAAGGAAGGGUCAGGAAAAUCUUAAAAAUGAUCUUGUAAGGCGAAUUAAAAUGCUUGAAUAUGCAUUGAAACAAGAGAGAGCAAAAUUUCACAAAUUAAAGUAUGGUGUAGAGCUUCAACAGGGUGACAUGUGCCCACCCCCAGAGGAACAAUCAGUUGAGCCCGAGCCUGCUGAAAGGACUCAGUGGAAGCAAGGGCGACAACUCAUUAAACAGUACCUGCAGGAAAUAGGAUAUACUGACACAAUUCUUGAUAUUCGCUCAAAUCGGGUAAGGACCUUGUUGGGAGUCAACAGUGAUGACCAGGCAGAAGAUCCAAAUUACAGAAAUUGUGAAAAGCAACAUUACUCUACAAAUACAGCACUAAAUCGCAAAAUGAUGAUGUAUGAUGAGGCUGCCUAUAGAGAACAGAGACGUAAGGGUGCAUCUAGUGGCUACAAUGAAGAGGGACUUUCUGUACAAGAUACUGCUGCAGUAUUUGCAAAUUUUGAGUUCUUGGCAAACCAAGAAAUGGAUAUGGACGAAAUUGAAGACAUAGAGGCCAAGCAAUCACACCAUAGUUCUAUUAAAGGUGAGGAAGUGGAUCACGAGGCGGAAGAAGUGAUAAAUGAACUUAACAUGCUGACUGAGACAGAGGCUGAUGGCGGUGGACAAGGAGACGAAUAUGUCGUGAAGUUCCCAAGCGGCGGCGGCAGUGUCGGCCCGGGCGAGACAGACGAGAAGCCUCUCGCCCUCGGUGAACUGGCUCAGCUGACCGUGAGCAAUGAGCCCGAGGCCUACGACGUGGCCGGAGCCAGCAAGGAGUCCUUCCGCAAGACCUGGAACCCGAAGUAUACUCUGCGGUCCCAUUUUGAUGUGGUGCGUGCCGUGGCGUUCCACCCAACUGAACCAGCACUAGUAACAGCUUCUGAAGAUCACACCUUGAAGCUUUGGAACCUUCAGCGGACUGUGCCCGCGAAGAAAUCAGCGGGGCUGGAUGUAGAACCAUUGUAUACAUUCAGAGCACAUACUGCGCCGGUGAUAUGCCUCGCUAUGGGUGCCCCGAGGACUGAAGAAUGCUUCUCAGCGGGUGUGGACGGAACUAUCCGUGUUUGGAAUCUACCUUCUCUCACCGCCGACCCCUACGACCCUUAUGAUGCUAGUGUACAGGGCCCGGUGCUGCGCGAGCACUCGGACGCGGUGUGGUCGCUGGCGGCGGCGGCGGGGCGCGUGCUGUCGUCGUCGGCGGACGGCACGGUGCGGCUGUGGGCGCCGCGCGCGCCGCGCCCGCUGCUGGCCACGCUGCGGGACGCCGGCCUGGCCGCCGCCGCGCUGCCCGCCGCCGCAGACUUCGCGGACGGGGCCGCGCGCGCCGCCGCGCUCUACACCGACGGCACGCUGCUGCUGUACGACAUCGAGACCGCGCAGAGCGUGCUGCGCGUGUCGUGCCCCAGCCCCGCGUCCCGCGUGCGCUGCCACCCGUCGCUGCCCGUGCUGGUGACGGCUCACGAGGACCACCACAUCCGGUUCUGGGACGCCGUGUCGGGGCGCUGCGCGCACACCAUGGUGGCGCACCUGGACGCCGUCACGGGCCUCGCGCUCGACCCCAACGGAAUCUUCCUGCUCUCCGGCUCGCACGACUGCUCCGUGCGCCUGUGGAACCUCGACACCAAGACCUGCGUGCAGGAGAUCACCGCGCACCGCAAGAAGUUCGACGAGGGCAUCCUCGACGUGGCCUUCCACCCCAUGCGGCCGUACAUCGCCAGCGCCGGCGCCGACGGCCUCGCCAAAGUAUUCGUCUGAUUCCGCCAGGUACACCCAAAGAGGAUGUAAAUACUGAUCGUGCGUACUGAAACGUGCAGUGACAUUAAUACAGAUUAUAAUAAUUGAAGUAUAAUACAGCUAAGUCUGAAAGCGAACAGUUGCUUUAAACUUAGUGGAAUUUGGCUAUCUCCGUUUUUUACAAGAUUAUAGCCGUCAUCUGUCGAUCUAUCAAUCACUGCACGUUUCGUACAAUCGCUUUUUUCUUAGAGAGUUUCGCUAGGCUGGGUACUCCUACGAACUGUAUGUUACAUCAGUACCGGCAGCGUCCUGCCGUGUAGUGUCGAGGGGUAUAGUACCGCAAUAUUUUAUUUAAAGUCCUUUCGGGUCGUCGACUACUGUUGCUGCCGCAUUUAUAAUGCAAUGAUUUAUUGAAAAUUCGAUAUUGUUAUUAUAUAUUAGUAUAUGAAUGACUUGUUAGCAAUACGUAUGUAAUUGAAAUAAACAGCGGUAUAUAUUUAUUGUAAGCGGAAUAUUGGUUCAAUGUAAAUCUUCUAUUGACAACCAAGUAAUCAAAGAUAAUUUUGUAUGAAAACAAUGAUGCAAUGUACGGUAUCGAGUCAAAACAAAAUUAAUUCCUAAAGUAUAGUUAUCUUUGUGGGUAGUCGCGAGUAUUCGUGUAUGUAGGACUAGUUUCGAGCUCGGUGUGAGGCGUGACGUCACAAACUCGGUCAUUGUUCGAUCGAUUUUAUUCUUAUUUGUUACGUCAGGCCAGGAUUGAAAAUGCUGGUGCAACUAAUUCAGUCUCAUAUUGUGAUAUAUCUGUUUCUCAAACUACUCAACUUGGUUAUUACAUUGAAAUUGUAACAAUAUACGUAAGGGUUGAAUUAAAAAUCUUUCGGCCUUACAAAUAACCUUGGUAUAAAGUUAUUCCUGAUAAUAAAUCAAGAAUUUGCAAAAUGUUGACUAUAUCGCUGACAAUACUGUCAAUAUUAUGAUAAUUAUGCAGUUUGGGAGCCUUGCAAACAAACGCGGGAAACGUUAUACAUCCGAAUAAACUAAUCGUAAGCGAAAUGUCUAUAUAUAAACAUUAACCAUAUUUUUGUUUUAUUCUCAGUUAUAACUUUAUACCAAGAUUAUUUCUAAGACCGUUUAUGUAUUGUACUAUUUUUAAUGUAAAUCUGUUCUGUUCGGUUCCCAUUAAGCGAUUUUAAUACAAUCUGUAUGUGGAUCCGUUAUGGUUUAAAACCUUCAAGGUUUGCUUUACAUGCAAUAGUUUCAAACUUAUAAAUUCAACCCUUUUAAGUAGUAUACGCUAUAUGUAAGUCAGUACAUUUAUGAGAAUAGACAAUAAUAUUUUGGCAAAUCGAAAGCAACUGCCAAAUGUAAUAAUCACCAUAAAAUUUUAUUGACAGAUUUUGCUAAACUUUUGUUUUAAUUGUGCACACACUGACCGUAAAUGCUAGAACCCGUUAUUGCUAGUCUGUGGCCCCGUUUGAGAAUAUUAUUGUCUAUGGUUUGUCAGUGUACGGACCCACGUGGUAGACAAACGCGGCUGUUCGUCGCGUCUUAUUGUAUUUGUAUUUGAUACGGUAACAUCUCGAUGUAUAGACAUUUGGAUUCUAUUAUGAUAAUAAUAUAUUUUUAGAUAUUCAGUAUGUGGUUUUUAGUUUUUUUUUCUAUCGCGACUUUUUCAUCGAUUUACAUAAUGCAAUGUGAAUUGUUUGUUUCGUAUGCGUGUGUAAGCGUUUGUAAUAAAUAUUAUGAGGUAACCGACGAUGUUUCUUUGAUACGAUCAUGUUACACGUGUCUGUACAGUUAGAUUUUACGCAGUAUUUGAUAUUUUUCAAUUAACGUAUUUAGUAGUUAGUUUAUAUUUUUAUUUGAAAUCGUUUCGUAUCUAAAUAGGUGUCUCUUGCGUUGUAGCUCGUGCCGAUUUCAAGGGACGCGGCUCUCGUAAUCUCUACAAUGGUGAGCAUUCGAACAAAAAUUUAAUUUGAGUAGGAAUAUUGUAUCUAAAUAAAUAAGGGUUUGUUGAUAACGAACGCGAUGUAGAAUAUAUAUAUUAUGAACUUACAUAAUAAUUAUUAUUCCUAUAAUUUCCUCGAAUUCAUACUUGUACACACAUCCAAAUUGAUAGUAAAAGCAACAUAACCGAA